CAAAAACAUCACCAUGAGAAAACGACCAAAAUUAGAGCGCAAUAUUCAAAGUGAAGACAGCAUUAAACUCAGUGGCAAAUUAAUUAUCUAAUUAUAAACAUUAAUUGAUUUUUCUUAAUUAUACAUAUAGUAUCUUACUUCUCAGAUAUUAACAAUCACUGUAUCAAAUGCUUCUUCUUUUUGCCGCCGUUGCCCCUUUUUCUUCCUCCGAUCAUUCAAUUUUACUGUUUCCGGUAGUUCCACUUUUUAAUUUUAAUUAACUCAGCUUUUUUAAAAAUCAGUAAUUACUUUUAUUUUUUCCUUCUUCUUCCUGUUUUCUUGAUUUUGUAGAUCACAAUCGAAAAACAUCAAGAUUUCUUGUUUUGUUUUGUUUUGGUUUUUUGUUUCAAAUUAUUGAAAGGGUUGUAAUAUAGUAGCGAAACUUCAUCUGGGUUUUCUUCAAUUUCAAAUUUUGAUGGAUUAUUCUGGUGGGUUGGUCGAAUUACACGAUUUUGGAAUUGGGUUUUGAAAUUUACUCUUAAUGGAGUAGCGUAACUUCAUUCUUGAGUUUUCUCUGUGAAUCUUGGCUGGUUUACCCACUUUUGGGAACUGGGUUUUGUUUUUGCUUGUGAAAGGUUCAAACUUUAGAUGAUCUUGCAACCUGAGAGUUAAAAAAUGAGGAAUAGGGGAGAAAAGGAAGACCUAGAGGGUAAAUUGCCUGUGUCAGUAACAAGAGAUUCAUCAGUUAGUCUUUUAAGGGUGUUGUCAACUUUGAUUGUAUUUGUAAUUGGAGUAGUUAUUGGAUUGACUUCAAGUUCACAUAUUGAUAGGUACUUUACCUUUCAAGCUGAACAGAUUAUAGCAAAUAAUGCAUUGGCCGAUACAGUGAGCAAGGAGAGUGGAAAUUGUUCUGUUUGUGAGAAGGAGGAUUGUUUAAGCAUGGAUAGUUUUGUUAGGCCAAAGAUUUUGAUUCAUGGAAUGUCAGAUGAGGAAUUGUUUUGGAGAGCUUCAUUAGAGCCUUACAAGAAAGAGUUUCCAUUUAAGAGAGUGCCUAAAGUGGCCUUUAUGUUCUUGACUAGGGGACAGUUACCAUUUAUACCAUUGUGGGAGAGGUUCUUUCAAGGGCAGGAUGUGAAUAAGUAUUCUAUAUAUAUGCAUGCCCUCCCAGGGUAUGUGCUAAGUAUUUCUAAUACCUCAGUUUUUUACAAGAGGCAAAUUCCAAGUCAGCAUGUUGAAUGGGGAUCAGUAACACUUGUUGAUGCUGAGAAGAGGCUAAUGGCCAAUGCUCUGCUCGACUUCUCAAAUGAGCGGUUUGUCCUCCUUUCUGAGAGCUGCAUUCCAGUUUACAAUUUCCCAACUGUCUACAAGUAUCUCAUAGGAUCCAUUCAUAGUUUUGUUGAAUCAUAUGAUGAUCCUUCUCGCUAUGGGCGUGGGCGCUAUAACCGCCAUAUGAAACCUGAUAUCAAACUUCCUGAUUGGCGAAAAGGGUCGCAAUGGUUUGAGAUGAAUCGAACUUUAGCUGUUAGAGUAGUUUCAGAUACCAAAUACUACGAUAUCUUCAGAAGAUUUUGCAAGCCUGCUUGCUAUCCAGAUGAGCACUAUAUUCCUACUUUUAUUCGAUUGUUCCACGGACCUUUAAAUGCAAACCGAACAGUGACGUAUGUUGACUGGUCCUUAGGGGGACCUCACCCUGCAGCAUUCAGCGCGGUAAAUAUUACUGAAGGUUUUUUACAGUUGAUAAGGAACAAUGGAACAGCAUGUGCAUACAACUCAGAGAAGACACAUGUGUGUUACCUCUUUGCUAGGAAGUUUAAUCCAAGUGCUCUAGAACCUUUACUGAACCUAAGUUCCAAAGUGAUGGAAUUCUGAAGAGGAUUUUUGAGAGACAAGGGUAUCUUUUUUCACCCUUUCCUUGUGAUUUAUAUUGAUGUUAGAUCCUUUGCUCACAAGUGUAGGUUUGCAUUAUGAGUUUUUUGACUCCUGUAGUACAUGCUUUAGAAUUUCUUGGGGAGGAUUUAGGUCCUUAAAACUGAGGGGAGGUACUAAUUUUCUUGUGUAGACGACGUUAAAUUUGCCAUUAUUUUUUUGUAGUUGGGUAAACUACCAUGUUAAUGAUAUCCAAGAUGUUUUGUAGCUUCAUCUCCAGUUAAAGUUUGUACCAGAUAUCAUCUUU